AUGAACACCUAUCAUUACUACAUUACUAUAUUAAUAAAGCUUACCACUAUACAGCUAAUUGACAGCGACAAAACUAGUGGUGAUAAAACUGACGACACGACGACCAGCGGCAACAAAACCGGCGGCAGCAAAACUGACGGCAACA